AUGUCUGUUUUUAAGGUUCCCGACGGGAUUCUGGAUGAGAUACAUGGGUUAAUUACCCGAUUUUGGUGGGGGUAUAAAGGAGAAGAGAGGAAGACCCCAUGGGUGGCGCGGGAGGCACUUAUUUGUACGAAGGAACAAGGGGGUAUGGGCUUUCGGGACCUGAGAGGUUUCAAUCAGGCUUUGCUUGCGAGGCAACUUUGGCACUUGUAUCAGAGACCGACGUCCUUAGUAGCACGAAUCAUGAAGGCGAAGUAUCAUAAAAAUGUUGACGUUCUUGAGGCUCGCGUCGGCUACCGACCCAGUUAUGUUUGGCGAAGUCUGAUGAGUGCUCAGGAGUUCCUGGUUGAUGGUCUUCGAUGGAGAAUCGGCAAUGGCUAA